CUUAGAUGUAAAAGAACCAUCCUAAACUUCUUCUCCUGACGGAAACAAAAACAACUAAAAGCAAAAUGGCUUUGCAAAAGUUACCUCUCGUGGGGCUGCUUUUGCUCCUAACCACCGUCGUCUCUCCGGCAAGAGCUGAUGGGCCUGUUUGCCCUCCGACCACCAAGCUUAGCCGGGCAAGUUUCCCUGAAGGUUUCUUAUUUGGCACGGCUACUGCCGCAUAUCAGGUUGAAGGUGCAGUAAAUGAAACUUGCCGUGGACCGGCUUUGUGGGAUAUCUACUGUAAGAGAUAUCCAGCGAGAUGCAAUAACGAUAAUGGCGACGUGGCCGUCGAUUUCUUCCAUCGUUAUAAGGAAGAUAUUCAGCUCAUGAAGAGUCUAAACACAGACGCCUUUAGACUCUCAAUCGCGUGGACAAGAAUAUUUCCACAUGGGACAAAGGAGAAAGGAGUGAGCCGGGCGGGUGUGCAAUUCUACCAUGACGUCAUCGACGAGCUCCUAAGAAAUGGUAUAAUUCCGUUUGUGACUGUAUUUCACUGGGACACUCCACAAGAUUUAGAAGACGAAUAUGGCGGCUUUUUAAGCGAAAGGAUUGUGAAAGAUUUCCGGGAAUACGCAGAUUUUGUGUUCCAAGAAUAUGGUGGGAAAGUGAAGAAUUGGAUCACUUUCAACGAGCCAUGGGUUUUCGCUCACGCCGGUUAUGACGUGGGCAGGAAGGCACCAGGACGUUGCUCUUCUUACGUCAAUCCUCAGUGCCAAGACGGACGAUCAGGAUACGAGGCUUACCUCGUCACUCAUAAUCUUCUCAACGCUCACGCAGAGGCCUAUGAAGCAUUCCGACAAUGCGAGAAGUGUAAAGGUGGCAAGGUUGGACUCGCACAUAGUCCGGCUUGGUUCGAACCACAUGACCUUGCUGAUUCACAAGACGGCGCCUCCAUUAAACGUGCAAUGGACUUUAUUUUGGGAUGGCAUCUUGAACCUACUAUGUAUGGAGAUUAUCCACAGACAAUGAAAGACAUUGUUGGACAGAGAUUGCCUACAUUUACUACCGCGCAGAAAGCGAAAUUGAGAAACUCGGCCGAUUUCGUAGGAAUCAACUACUACACGUCGACGUUUUCAAACCAUAUCGAGAAGCCAGAUCCUUCUAAACCAAGAUGGAAGCAAGAUUCUCUUAUUGACUGGGAAAAUAAGAAUGCGCAAGAUUACACCAUUGGUAGCAAGCCUUUCACCGCUGCACUACCCGUUUAUUCGAGAGGCUUCAGGAGUCUAUUGAAGUACAUCAAAGAUAAGUACGGAAACCCGGAAAUUAUGAUCAUGGAAAAUGGAUACGGAGAAGAACUUGGGGCUACAGAUUCGAUUGCAGUUGGUACUGCUGAUCACAACAGAAAGUAUUAUCUUCAGAGGCAUCUUUUGGCUAUGCAAGAAGCUAUUUGCAUCGACAAGGUAAAUGUUACAGGAUACUUUGUAUGGUCGUUGUUGGAUAACUUCGAGUGGCAAGAUGGUUAUAAGAACAGAUUCGGGCUCUACUACGUUGAUUUCAAAAAUAACCUCACACGUUACGAGAAAGAGUCUGGCAAGUUUUACAAAGACUUCCUAAGUCAAGGUGUUCGUCCAUCUGCGAUCAAGAAGGAUGAGCUUUGAGCUAUAUAUAUCUUGAGGAUUUGAUUUUCUGUUUCAAUGUUUCUCUAUUCUGUUUUAGUUUGUGAUUGACCAAGAUUUAUGAUGUCUUGGUUAGAAUAAAGGUGUUUUCUUUUUAAAUUCUCAAUGUCUACCUGAUUUGUUACGAUCAAGAAGGCUUUGGUUAUAAUAUUAAAUGAUCCCUUUUAGAAGUCAUUCACAUUUUUCGAACCAAAUUUUUCGAACUAAAUUGAAUUGGGUCUAUGGAAAGUUUUUUUGAGGAUUAUGGAAAGUUAUGCAA